UGUGGAUAUAUGAAUAACAAUAAGCUAUUCACUCAUUUUGUAGAAAAUAGGAAUAUUUAAACUGUUCACAAUCUAGUGCUAAUUGUCAUUAACAACACGUCAUUGGAUGUCUAAUAAUUUCCGACUGAUUGGCAGCCAAUAGGAUGUUUAGUUUUUCCAACUGCAGCUGGUAUUGUUAUAUGGAUAGAGAUUUGUAUUUUGGAACGCGCAGACAGUAUUUGAAUUUAAACGGUCAGAGGAAGAUAAAUUUAGUUCUGGCAAAAUAUCGUCAGUGUUGUAAAUAUUAAUAAAGUCUCUUGAUAUUAUGUGGAGUAAAAUAUUAUCAGGCUUCGAUCCUGAAGAAGAGACUGUAAAUUUUGGAGCGAGAACUGUUGCUGAAAAUGAUGGCUCCAUAUAUGAAGCUUCUACUCUUGCUACCAUUCAGUCGGAUGAACAGGUUACUACAAAUCCUACGGUGCAGGCUUCUAUACAAUGUGCAAAACUUUGCGUGGCUGUUGAUAAGACCAUUACAAUAUUUAGCAACGAGAUCUGCCAGGAGAUACUAUUGAGUGUUAGCUUUGAUUCAUACGUAACAUCAUAUUGUAUAUCGGAUGUUGGAUCUUUUUUAUUUUUGACACUGUCAAAUGGAAGUUUAUCUUGUUUACAUUUACUUACCAGAGGACAACUUGUUUUUGUCAAGAAUAUUUUUAAUGAUGAAGAAUGCAAUAAUAAAAUAGAGAAGGUCUUUCUCGAACAGCAUGAUAAGUUUCUGGAUGUAUUUCUUGUUGCCAGUAACAGCACAAUUUAUAGCAUGCCACAAUUUAAUGCGGAACUCAUUUCUUCUCUAUUAUUAAAGAAAGAUGAUUCAAUUAUUAAUGAUAUUGUAAACAACAUGCAAUUCCAUAAGAUGACAUCAACAGUAAAAAACAAAAUAACUCAUGUGCAAGUUGGUACAAUAAGUAACGUGCCAUCUGUAGUAAUGUGUGGGGAAAAGUUCACUGUAUGGUUGAACAACCAAUUUUAUUACUCUGAUUCAUGGAAAAAGUAUAUUAAAGUGCAGUUUCAAAAAUAUAGCACUUUAUUAUGUCUUUGCAAGGAUCAUUGUUUAAGCAUGGUGUGUCCUUUAACAUUAUUGAGCAAAAAAAUUUGGAACGGUCCUGUUUUGGACUUUAUACUUAUACAAGAAAAAUUUAAUGAUCCACCUCGAAUACUCAUGUUGAUGGUUCCUGAAGAAGGGUCUCUUACAACCAUCUUACAAGUCCUUACUGUUCCUGAUUUCGAUGUUAAAUUUAAAAUGACAGUUCCAAGUACAACAUAUUUAGUUGAUUUUUAUGGAAGUGCCAUGGACGACAUAAUAUUUUUAGAAGGUUUACGCAAUCCUUCAAAUAUAGUAAACACUAUUAGUGUCAAAGCUAUAAGCGAGUGUCUACCCGAGUAUCGUUUGGCGCGAUUAUUAAGAAGAGGAAAGUUCGAUGAAGCAGAAGUUUUUGCAAAAAACUUUCGCUUGGAUAUGAAACCCAUAUACAAUGCUAAAGCGUCAUUACUUAUGAGCCAAUUCGAUCCUUGGAGCAAUACGAACGAUCAAGUGAACAAAGUAGAUGCACUUAUUGAUAUUUUGGAUAAAAUUACAGACGUUACUUACGUCUCUCAAUGCUGUAUUAAAGCUCUGGUGACUGAGCACGAACAAAUAAGAAAACUACUUUUAUAUGCGCGCGAAAGGCUCACUCAUUGUAUUGAGAAGUCUAAUAACAACGAUCUCACUAAACUCUUAUCAACAGUGAAUAGUACUUUGCAUAAACUUGAAACUUUCACAAUAAUCCAGAAAAUAAAAUCCGAUAAAGAGCACGUGGAUAACGAAUGGAUACAAUUUUCAAAAGAAAAUUUAUUAGAUGAAUGCGCAAAAUAUUUGUUGAGGGCUGAAUUAGAAAUCGCAGCUCUGAUAUGGGCCAGACAUCUUCCUUCGUUUAUAUCGAAAUUAAAUGUUGGGAUUAUACGAAAUAUGUUAAAUAUUAUUCCUCUGGAAACUCCAUUGGAUAAGUUACGACCGUGGCUGUGCCACUUUAUACCGUCCUUGCUGUCUGUAUUCCCUAGCAGUCUUUCUGAAAUUAUUCCAUGGAGCUGUAACUUUACAAAACGAUUGGAAAAAUUAAAUCCUGCUCAGUGGCCUUUAAUAGGAUUAGACUUUGUCAGUGGAUUGAUGGAAUUAUUAAAAUUGGAAGAAUCGCAGCUGUGCUUUUACUUGCAACAACAAUAUACCACUCGAAACUCACCAUUGCAACACCUCAUGACUCUCAAUCAAGCACUGAAUGACUUGCAACAGUUAAAGAGCAAUCACAGAGUCACAAUCCCUUUGGACAUGUACAUGGGAGAACCAAUUGAAGUGGUUUAUUUACUUCUUAACACAGUCAGAUCCGAAGAAACUUCAGCGCUUACAUUAAAAUUUCUCCAACAAUAUAUGUUCAAUCAUUCACUGAAAAAUGAUAGCGUCUUCAUAUCUUAUAUACAGAGAAUAUUGAAUCGGCCGAGAGAUUACUGGUACUCAGGUGAUCUUCUACGUGAAGUAAAAUUAGCUACUGUUGUUGGAUUCAUACAUAACGUUGAGAAUCGUUUGGAGCAGACAUUGCAUAUUCUUAGAAAAGCUCCUGUCCCUUGGAGCGAAACAAUGGUGGCUUUAGCCAAAUCAAGUUAUGCGUUCGAUCAUCCCUUAACAAUGGAGAUUAAAAAUGAGAGCGAUUCUAUCCCAACAAAGUUAAUACUUAAGAAGUACCAAUGCGAGCACGUGUCCUUGAAUAACCGAUUAAUUAUGUACAUUAUAAAACAAAAUCGAAAUGACAUGAUCGAUGACAUUCGCGAGCUUACAAAACGUAAUGACACAUUUAAAGCAACGGCAUUCUCUAUGUGUGUCAAUUUUUACUUAUCUAAUGGGGAUAUUGAUAAGGCAAUGACUUUAAUAAGUAAUUUAGAUAAUGAUAUUGCUGCGUAUUGCUGUGAACAGAUAAUUUACCGUAUAGUGGCGAACUUUAAAUUGAAGAUUAUGAGUGCUUCGAUCGAGCACUAUAUGGAGGUUUUGAAUAUAGUAACAACCAAAUUAUCAAAGAUUUACUCCAAAAAAGAUCCACUUACAAUGAAGUUUAAUGAAACAAUUUUAAUUGCAUCGUACCUCCGUCCUAUAUACUGCUUGAGGAAAGAAUUCAAUAUCAAUGUCUCAUUAGCAAAUUAUCAAUCUGAAAAAGAAGAACUUUUAAACAACUAUAUUAAAUGUAUACUCAAUGAAAUGCAGUCAACAAAUGGCGAGAUAUCAUUACGUUUCGUGUACAAGAAAACGCAAAGAGUUGCACAUCUUUUAGGAAUCCCAAGUUUUCUCGCCGCAUGCUUAUUACUGGAGGAAACAAAGAAUCUGGAAGUCAUCAGGCAAUGUUCUCUACAACUGAAAGACUGUUUCGAAAGUAUUCCAGCAAGUGAAAUCUGUUAUAUAACGAGACUUUGUUCGUCAUCUAUACUUAUCGCAGGGGAGGAUUUACAGGCUUUGAGUUUCUUGAAAGAAUUAUCUGCUACGGCGCUCAGUUCUUGUCACCCGAAUCAGUUGCGUGAUAUAUUAAUGUCAAUUCAGUGGAUGAAAUUAUUUGAAACCACGAGCGAAUUCGACGUAUCAAACGAAGCGGAAUCAAAAUACGAUUUAGUUGGGAAGACCGAUUGGAAUUUUAUUACAAUUUAUAGAGACAAAGCUAUUUGUAUCCCCCAAACAAUAUUUUCUUUUAUACGUGAUGCCUUCAGAAUCUAUUUAUACUGUGCCGGUCCUUUGGAUACAACUAAUUCUCAAAUAGCUGUGACAAGAACAAACAGCACUGCAGGAUUAAUAGAGGAAAUGUCCAUGACUGAAAUGGAGAUUGAAAAUCUUUUUAAGACUUUGCUUGACAGAGUAAAAGAUCUCCAGCUCGAGCAUUUAAACUAUGGUUUACUUCUAAUAGCAAAAACGUUAUACUUUAGCUGCGCAACUCUUUUGCCCAAUAAUGCAACAAUUAUCGGACGGACAUAUGAUAUGAUAAUGCAUUGCGUUUUUCCUUUACUUCUAAAUGUAAUUAACGAUCAGUACCUUGACAUGCACUUAGGCCUUGCCUGUCUCUUUAUGGUUUCUGAAACUGCUGCUUUGUCGUGGCUACACAACAUAUGUAAAUCAUAUCGGUGUCAUUACACCAGACACAAUACGCUGAUGGAACUGGCCUAUGAGUAUUGCCGACUAAUCAAAGACAAAAAGCAAACAGAAAAUUUUUACCAUCAACGAGUAUUACAGUACUGGUCACGAAAACUGACAGAUAAUGGAUUAUCGUGCAGAGAUAUACAAUCUUCCACGACGGAGACCAAACGAAAGAUUUUAGACGGAAUGAUGCAAUCUGAAAAAGAAAAUAUAAUGCAACUAAUAGAAGAAUUUUGCAAGUCUUUUGGAUUUGAUCUGGACGAAUGCUUUAUUUUGUAUAUUAGAGUGGUAUUGAAGAAAUGGUGUCCUCAAUUAAAUUUUACUACUAUUUCUGGACGGAAAGAAUUGAAAAUCGACGAAGUCGAAGUGGAACGGCUACGUAAAAAGUGUAAAACUAUCGCUGCAAGAAUCGAAGAUAAAGUUGCGAUGAAACGACACAUUCUUUCACUUUCCAGUGAAAUCAACUUCUACCACUACGAAGUGUUCCUCAUUAUUUAUGAAUUGGCAGAGGAUAGAAAUGAAAAGAAAAUUAGUCUUUUUUAUUUUUUAAAACAUUACACUCGCGUCGGGAGCCCAACAGCGUUGGAACGCGAAGAAUGGUCCCAGCUGUGCUUAGAAAAUUCUCUGCCGGAAAUCGCAGAUUGGAGACUUCCAUUUCUACCACAAAUCGAUCAAUGGAAAAUUAUAACCCCUGAACUAAACCUUAGGACGUAUGAGAAAUGGUUGAAGAUUGCGCCUGUGUUAGAUUUACAAGAAUGUAUAAUUUGCAUACUGGCGGUUAAAGGGGCUGUGACUCAAGCAUGGGGUAAUGUCGAUUCAGAACGAAGUAACAAUGAAUGGUUGAUAUAUCCAAAAAAUACUUCUCUACUGGAGGAUGUGAAAAAAUGUAUUCAACGUAUGACAGAUGAAGAAGCGCUGUACUAUGGCACAGCAGCUUUAUACUACGUUGUAAAUCACACAGCGCAAGGUGCUGAUCAAGUCGCAGCAGCUAAAGAAUGUUAUAUAUUAGCAAAUAAAUGGGCUCUGCAAUCCAGUAACACAGAUGAAGAAAUGAUCAAAAAAAUUAAAUAUAAAUAUUUACGAGUUACUUCUAAACAUAUUUUAUAUACUCAUGGCUUGGGAGAAGAUCGCUAUUUGGCAUUGACUAUGACUCCGGUACAACUUGUUCGUGAUUUGUAUAUGGAUGAAAGUAUAGCAUUGCGUGGUAGAGGAGCCGCGCAGAGGAAACCUGAUAUAAAUUCAGCCGUAACUGCUCUGGGUGAUUUAUUUAAUAUCAACGUUAUAAAGCUGCGACUGGAAUUGCUUCAGGAAUGGCUGCAACCGGAUAUCAAGCAGUCUCUAUCAUUCGAAUCGUACAGUUCCGACAUCAAUAUUGUCAUCACUGAUGACAAUUUGCUUAGAGCUUGUUAUAUCAUUGAGUGCAGUGAUCUGAUAUUAUCAGCGAAUUUUUUGAUAAAUAUUGUAUUUGAAGAAGGAACAGAGACCUGUGAUUACAGACCUGGUAUGCGCUAUCGCGCUCUUCAAGUUCUGCAGUCCAUUAUGACUCCUGAUAUGCUACAGGACUUGACUAAACGAAAUUUAAAUGAUAUUAGACGAUAUAUGAAAAGUUUGCAAUAUUUGAGCGAAUUGGAAAUCAUCGGUAUGUCGUACAAUAUUAGUACAUUAGAAGUUUGCUCAAAGCACAAAUUAGCACAAAUAUUAUGGCGAGCACAUUCUUAUAUGCCAAGAGCACUUUCACUCAUCUUGCAGCUCUGUAUGGAUUUUAAAUUACAAGAUUAUUCGUUGUGGGAUUCCACUCUUACGCAGAUGGCUAAAUUGUUAAUGAUCACGGAAUUGAAAAAAGUUCUGCCGGCAGUAGGCACAGUCUCACACAUUGUCAAUUGCAAUGGCUUCACUUCCAGUUGGCAGGUUGUAAUACUUGAUCCGUUUCGAAAAAGUAACAUGAAACCGACCCCUAAUCAAAUGGAUGAUUGUAUUAGAACUUUGAUUUUAUUGCAUUCAUGUCCGAUCGCUAGUAAACUUAAUUAUAAGGAAAUCAUAAAAUAUUGUUUCCGCUGUGAACAACCGCAUCUUGCUGCGGCUUUUCUGCCGUUCUUGCCGGAGGAUGAUAAAAAAUACGUUCUACAGAAAAUCAAGGAUACGUAUGACAUAGCGAAUGUAGUGAAGGAUUUACAGGCCCUUUCUUCGAAGGGAAUCUUUACGACUCCUUGCCUUCAGAUUUUGCAAGAUGAAAGAAGAUAAGGGAAUUAUGUGGAAUCUCAUUAUCGUCUAUGAAUUUUGGCUUCGCGGCGAAGAUCGUUUUUCUACUUGAGAAACUGGCGGGAUCGUUUUUAAGGCUGAUAUCCUUUUUACCGGAUAUUGUUAUGUCACUCUUUAUGGUGCGAAUAAGAC